AUGGCAUCUCAAAUUCAUCUAUGCCCGAUGCAGCUGUUUCCCGAAAUCUUCAAGAUCAAUCAUCUACGCAUGCAAGGUGCAAGGCCGGACCUUUUUGACGCCAAAGCCCUCCAGGAGGUGGCUUAUGAAGUCUUGGAGCGCAUCGACUCCUUUUCACCCCAGAAGUUGGCUGAGUCUAAAGACUCAUGCCACGAAGACUGGAUAUUAGUGGGCAGGGCAUAUCAGGCUGCUGUUGCGCUAUACUGCAUCUUAUCGCUGCAGAGCUUGUCAAUUCUUCCUCAGUCUUCAGCCUUGAGAACGCAAUGUGCCGAGCAUGGAAAAACUUUGCAAAUCCUUCUAAAAGAGGCACUCGCCAGCAAAAGGCUCAAGAGGUUCAUGGUUUGGCCGUUGGUUGUACUUGGAGUAGAAGCGGUUCGUGGCGGUGAGGCAAUGCGCACCUUUGUUGCUAACCAAUUGGCGGGACUCAGCCACGAUGCUGGCACUUAUGUUCCACUAACAGCGAAACGAGCUCUUGAAGAGUUUUGGAGUUCUGGAGAAACUCGCUGGGAUGAUUGUUUCGAUAGGCCGUACAUCUUCACGCUGCAGAUUGCUGUGGAUACAAGCCGCCUCAUGCCGCUGUAUAAGUGA